AUGGCCAGAAGUACGGCCACUCUCCGCAGAUGGCUGGGGUGCCCCGGGCUGCUGGGCUGCUUUGUGCUGGGCUUUCUUGCAGGAUGGUUUACAAAACCGACUGAAAAAAACUCUGACUCUUCGGAUGUCUAUCGAAAUGCUCGACAGAAACUCGUGGCUGAAAUGAAAGCAGAAAACAUCAAGCAGUUUCUUCGCUCAUUUACCAGGUUGCCUCACCUCGCAGGAACUGAACAGAAUCUUCUUCUUGCCAAACAAAUUCAAGGCCAGUGGAAGGAAUUUGGAUUGGAUUCAGCAGAACUUGUUCAUUAUGAUGUCCUUCUUUCAUACCCAAAUGAAACGCAGCCAAACUACAUCUCAGUAAUUGAUGAUCAAGGGAAUGAGAUUUUCAAUACAUCAUUGUUUGAACCACCUCCACAGGGAUAUGAAAAUGUUACUGAUAUAGUACCACCAUAUAAUGCUUUUUCAGCACAAGGAGUGACGGAGGCAGAUCUGGUGUAUGUAAAUUAUGGCCGUACGGAGGAUUUUUCCAAGCUGGAGCGUGAAAUGGGAAUUAACUGUACAGGAAAGAUUGUUAUUGCCAGAUAUGGGAAAAUCUUCAGAGGAAACAAAGUUAAAAAUGCCAUAUUAGCAGGAGCCCAAGGGAUCAUCCUUUAUUCAGACCCUGCUGACUACUGUGCCCCAGGAGUAGAUGCUUAUCCAGAUGGCUGGAACCUUCCAGGUGGAGGAGCCCAACGUGGAAAUGUGUUAAACCUGAAUGGAGCUGGAGACCCUCUGACACCAGGUUAUCCUGCAAAAGAGUACACUUUCAGGUAUAAAGUUAAUGAAGGUGUAGGAAUUCCCAAAAUCCCAGUUCAUCCCAUUGGAUAUCAUGAUGCAGAAGUAUUAUUGCGUGCAAUGGGGGGACCUGCAGCUCCAGACAGCAGCUGGAAGGGAAGUCUCAAUGUAUCUUAUAACAUAGGGCCAGGAUUUGCAGACAACUCUUCUACAAGAAAAGUCAGAAUGCAUGUUCAUACAAACAGUAAAAUAACACGAAUUUACGACGUCAUUGGCAUCCUCAGAGGAGCUGUGGAACCAGACAGAUAUGUUAUCUUAGGAGGUCAUAGAGACUCUUGGGUAUUUGGUGGUAUCGAUCCAACUACAGGUGCAGCUGUUCUGCAAGAGGUUGUACGGAGUUUUGGUAAAAUGAAGAUGGAAGGUUGGAGACCUAGGCGAACGAUUAUUUUUGCUAGCUGGGACGCAGAAGAAUUUGGAUUACUGGGUUCCACAGAAUGGGCUGAGGAAAAUGCCAGAGUCCUCCAGCAGCGGGCAGUUGCUUACAUCAACACAGAUUCUUCUAUAGAAGGUAACUACACAUUACGAGUUGACUGCACCCCUCUUCUCUACCAACUGGUGUAUAAUCUGACAAAAGAGAUUUUAAGCCCAAAUGAAGGUUAUGAAAAUAAAUCUCUUUAUGAGAGCUGGCUUGCAAAAGAUCCUGCAGCUGAAAAUAAUAGCUAUCCCAGAAUCAACAAGCUGGGAUCAGGCAGUGAUUUUGAAGCUUACUUUCAGCGACUGGGAAUUGCAUCGGGCAGAGUCCGUUACACCAAGAAUAGGAAAGCAGACAAAUUCAGCAAUUAUCCUGUUUAUCACACUGUAUAUGAGACCUUUGAGUUAGUGGAAAAAUUUUAUGACCCAACCUUCAAGAAACAGCUAACAAUUGCCCAGUUACGAGGCAAACUGGUUUAUGAACUGGCAGAUUCCCAGGUCAUUCCAUUCGACUGUAGAGAUUAUGGAGAAGCCUUAAAAGGAUAUAGCAAUAGAAUUUAUAAAUUGGCCAAGAAAAAUGAAGAACAGCUGAAAUCUUACAAAGUAUCUUUUGAUUCUCUUUUUUCUGCUGUGGUGAACUUCUCAACGGCUGCUGCUGAAUUUCACAGGAGACUUGAACAAGUUGAUAAGAAAGAUCCGGUCGCAGUGCGAAUCAUGAAUGAUCAGCUGAUGUUUAUAGAAAGAGCAUUCAUUGAUCCUCUUGGCUUACCAGGAAGGAAGUUUUACAGACAUGUCAUCUUCGCUCCAAGCAGUCACAACAAGUAUGCUGGAGAGUCCUUCCCGGGGAUUUACGAUGCCAUGUUUGAUAUUGAAAGCAAAACAGAUCAGCAGGAGGCCUGGGAAGAAGUCAAGCGGCAGAUUUCCAUUGCAGCCUUCGCUGUGCAGGCAGCAGCAGGGACACUGAAAGAGGUCCCUGUGUAG